CACAAACCAUUUUACAUGUUUCGUCACUCAUCAUUUCCUUCGCUUAAAUAAUCCCAUUCCCGCAGACCUUCUGCUACGUACUACUCCGAUCCCCACUCUUCAAUAUCUUUAGCUCGAAUAUGGUUUUCGAUGAUGUUACCGCUGAGCUUGGUCUCAGCCUAGGCUGCCAUGACAAGCCAGCCAAUUACGAUCAUGAUCUUCAGGGAAAUCAGAAAAAAUCACACUUGAAAUACGACCCACUACUGUCGUUUGAUCUCACGCUAGGCCCAUCAGAUGAGGCAGAACCAAGAGGGUCUAAUUCUUCUUCUCCAAGUGGAGCUGUUUCAUCGUUUUCCAACUCAUCCAGUUUAAAGAGGGCAGACAGAGAUAUAACCGGUUCUGGUGAAGAAACAGAAAGAGUUAGCGAAGAACCAUAUGAAGAUCAGGCAGGAAGUCCCAGAAAGAAACUCAGACUUACAAAAGAUCAAUCUGCCACAUUAGAAGACAGCUUUAAACAACACACCACUCUCAAUCCUAAACAAAAACUAGAGCUGGCCAAGAAUCUAAAUCUACGGCCGCGACAGGUAGAAGUGUGGUUCCAGAACAGAAGGGCUAGGACUAAGUUGAAACAAACUGAAGCGGAUUGCGAGCUGUUAAAGAAGUGCUGCGAGACUCUCAAAGAAGAGAACAGGAGGCUACACAAGGAGCUGCAAGAGCUCCAGUUAAUGAAAGAAACACAAACGGCCCCGUUCUACAUACAGUUUCCGACAGCCACCCUUACGGCGUGUCCUUCCUGCAGUGAGAGAAUUGGCAACGAUACAAGUUGCCCUAUUGCUGGUGAUCAUCAUCAUAAAAAGUUGAAGCCUCACCUUUUCAACCCCUUUACCCAUCCGUCUACGGCUUGCUAGCUAAUUGAGGCAACCUACGUACAACGAUCAAAGAUGAUCGUUUAAUUAGUUCAAAGUAAUUGUAGAGACAUGAAAUGCUACUGCGCGUACGCAGAUGAAAUCA